AAGAUGGUCGAAUUACGAUUAAUUCUGAUAGCAACUAGCAACCUGUUGAAAGUUUGAAAACGAGUCGACAGUCGACACAUAGAUUUUAAUCGAUAUUUCUCGAUAACCUCUUUAUUGUUUUACAAGAAGCUGUGUGCCGGAUGGAGAAUAUACUUAUUAUUAACAGUUAUUAGUGUUUAUAAAGUAUGUACAAAGUGACACGACAGUAAAAUCACUUAAUUCUAGAUAUUUUUCAGCAAAAUGGCAUUUGAUCAGUCUUGAUUCUUUGUAAUAAAAACAUAUACAAUUUAUUAUUAUAUCAUUGUAAAAGAGGUUAGAUCUAUGCCGAUAUUACGAUGGCAGUAGAAUUUUUAGUAAAUCGUUUGAAAGCCCUCAUCGUAUUACUUCUGGGAGUAUUUAGGCGUGCGAUGUGCUGUCUUCGACGUCGAAGAAGGUCGUCUUGUGAUUCUAUACCUCUCUCCACGAUCGGCGUAGUACCAAACACCGUAAACAACACAACACAACCAGAAUUAGAGCACUGGGAUCAAUGGGAAGAAAAUCCUGUCGUGGUCGUGCCAGAUAAGCCAGUUAACACGGUACAAGCAAAAAUUGAACAAUACAGACAGCAAGUUUCUAAACUGCCAGAAUCUACAGAGGAGCAGCAACCAAAUUUUUUUGAGAAUAUGACACCAAAGAUUACAACACAGACAAAGAUUUUAGUAAAAGAUAAGGCUUCGGAAAAUACAUCCUGGAACGCAUCAAAAUUUGCCAUGGCGAAUGAUCUCAUGCCAUCUAACGAGCUAGGAGAAUGGGAAGACAAUGCUGUUGGCUGGGAAGAAGAAACAACAAAGGAAUUUGGAGACCCCACAAAAACAUUAAGAGAACAGAAGCGAAGAGAAAGGGAGCAACGGCUGUUUGAGCAGCAGCAGAAAAGAAUUGAACGCAAUUCAAGACCUCAACCAUUAGGUGCAAAACUAAAUUCUUGAUGAGAAAGGAUAUAGAAACAAAGAUUUACGUCAGAAAUGAUAAUUUUUCAUUCGAUGAUGUUCAUGCACAAAUGUGAUCUUUUUACAACUGCAUGGAACAUCAAUUAAGAUUAAGAAAAAUCAAAAGUCAUUGCUUGUGCUAUGAGUUAUAUGUUUUUUUGUAAAAUUUACCGAAUCGUACCCUGUAUAGGAAAACAUCGCAAUAAUAUUAUUUGAAAUGUCCAAAUUUAUAUUUUAAUGCGUUUAUUAGUUAAUUGAUACAUCGCAUCUUACGCAUUUAAUUCCUUGUUGGAAAUUACCUGAAAAUCACUGAUUGGUAUUUAAUGACACGUGAAAUAUCGAACUUUUUAAUAGAAAACAAAAGAACUGACUUAUUUACAUAACAUAUUUACGUUACAGAAACUACGAAUGUUGCAUUGGUAAACGAUAAUAUUAUUACUUUUGUUAUUUAAAUUGUUUUAUUGUUAAAAUGUUUAUAACGUCUAGGGACAUUCCAUGUAAAUAAUCUUGUAAUACCACGUAGAAACUGAUUUUUUAUAAUGAAAUCGGACUAUUUUUAGAAGGUGAAAAAAUAGAAUAACUAAUCUCUUCGCAAGUAUGAAUUUCUCUAUUUGAUUAUUUUCUUAAUCAUACCGAUAUAAAACCGAGAGCAUGUUCAUUGAAUUUGUAGCGGUAUGAAAUAAAUCAUAUUACUACACA